UUAUUCUUGGUAUUUACAUUACUUACAUUACUUACUUUUAUUUCAGAUAAUUAUUAAUCUGACUCUAUGAAAUCAAGAGUAAUGAUGACAGAAGCUAUGGAACACUUUAUAAGGAAAACUUACAAAACAAACUGAAAAGACGAUAAAACGAGUGCAGUGUAACCUAGCGAAACAACAAGACUGAGAGCUUAGUUUUCGUUGAAGUGUAGUAUAGUGCUGUGAGUUGUCUCUGGUGUAGCUGUGGUUAGAACUGUAAAAUACUUCUCCUUCAACAUCCUAGAAGUGAAAAAAAAAACCACGUAGAAAUUGUUAAUAAUAUUUACCAACACCAUGAAGAACUUUUAUACCAUUAUACUGUUUUUAAUAACAGAGAGCGCUGUGAGGACGAUAACGGCGGAGCAACUGAUACAGGACCCACCACCGACAACACCAGCAGGAGUAGACGGCCCCCUUACCAAGAACCAGGUGUCCAUCCCUCUGACAGACGGGUCGCUGGCAGGAGUGGUGGGGUCGGUGCUACUGACUGCGCUCCUCGGGGUGGCGCUGUGGUUAGGGGUGGCUGCCUACCUCUCACGCCCUCACACCUUCGUCAGGAGAGAUCCAAACAGGAGGAACUCUAUGCUAGAUAUCCUGGCUGACACCGUGCACCGAGGCAUGACGCAGCAGGCACAGAAGCUGCAUCUCCGGUCUAAUUUAUCCCGGCCUUCACCUCGUCGACCACAACAGCAGCCGGGAAGGCCUCGACAGCAAGGAAGUCCUUACAAGUACCAAGCACGAACACGUCCUCAGCAGCAACAGCGGGAGGAUGGACGCCCUCAUCCUGACCAUAACCAGAUCGCUGUGGACACUCGACCUCCCGGCACCUGGAGGCAGAACCAAAACAAUCUUCCUCGUCCCAGACCACGACACUCAACACGACCACCAGCCAGUGCGUGGUGCUACAGCCAUUAGGAUUCCAGAGAGCGUCUUUGGUGCUAAAGACAAAGUUCCUGGAGGAGGAGCCGUCGAGAACAAGGGAGAAGAAUCAUCAAGGGACGAAGCACGUCAUUCUUUUUCCGACUCCAAUUCCAAUAGUUUCAAUGACAGUGCCCUCCAGACCGCCCCAUUUUCAUUACCUGGAAGUUUUGUUAAUACACACAGACGACGACAAGAGAUAGAUAAUGUCACAUAUUACUAUGAAAGGCCAGUCCUAUCAGAGGCUAUCCAGAACAGACGUACAAAACCCGCCACAGCCAAGAAAGAUGUUCCUUACUACUCUGAACGACCACCGAGCCCUGCCAGAAAUCCAGACCAACGACGACGCCCCACAAAACCACUCAGAGGCAACGUUGUGUCUGAGUCAGAGUUUGCUGCAGGACACACACACGUCUCUGGUCAACAGAGGCCCAUUAAUCUCCGUGGAGAUGAAAUAAAUUACCACCGAAAACAACCUUCAGAGGCCGCCCAAGGGUCGAACAAUAGACGCCGUCCCGUUAUUACCGCCAGGGAUAACGCCACCAGCCAUAUCCAGCCUCCCCUUGGACUGUUGAACCCUAAACCGAACACCUGGAGAGGCAGCGGCAUAGAUCAGACGCCCUCACAGAGACACUCAACUAUUUGGAGUCAGAAUAAAAGCAAAAUAAAGGACCAGAGUGCAUCUACACCCCCUGAGGACGACGCCAACACGAACGGAGAUACGACGGCGUCUUCUAGCAGCCAAGAGUUUUACCCGACUACUCUCACUCCGGCUACGUCUCCCACAACAUCGUCAGCUGGCGGGAGUGGCGGCGUGGCAGCGUCGGAGGAUAGCGACAUGCCGGACUACAACGAUCUCUCUCUCUUUCAGCUACAGUACGGUGUACCUAUUAACUGGAUCCCCGGUGAUAAAAUGAACCACAGCUGACAGAUGAAGCACGACAGAAUUCAGAUGAUAAACAUAUAAAUAACGAAAAAGAUUAAAAUUAUGUAUUUAUUGUAUUACUUCUUAUGAUAAAAACUAUCAAUGUAUUUUAAACAACUUCCAUAUGUACUGUAUAAUACCUCAAAGUUUUAUCCUAACACAAACUGACUACACAUUCAAACAUACAUAUAACAUAAUAUUACAUACGGUAAGAAACAUAUCAAGAACACGUUACUGAGACACAUUAGAUUACAUCACAGUAUUUUCUUCUCCCAUGAUAACGUUUGACCGAAUUACGUGAAAAGGGCGCCAACAUUAGACCAGCCAUUAGUAUUUUGUUACCUGUGGACGGUAAACACCAUUUUGGCGGGAAGCUCUUAAGGUUGGGUAUAUCGCUGUCAGUAGGGCACAAACCACUUAACCUGUAUUACACUAUUGCUUAACCUUGGUAUACUUUUGUGUAUCAGGAACCUAUAUUUAUCUAAGGAUGUUAUGGGGUUAAAAGUCAAAUACACGAACAUAUUUUUAACUGUUCUUUGGUUAUGUCCCUCAUAGUCACCCACUCAGUCACUCUUACAGUCAUCCACACAGUCGCAAUCAUUUUCAGUCAUCUAUACAGCCAGUCACCCUCAGUUACCCACACAGUC